AUGGCUAAUAAUCUAAACAACGAAACGCUAAACCGAAAACCCAAACAAAUAGGGAGAGAGUGGCCGUAUCUAAAGGCCAAUAAAUUUUAUCCCAUUUAUCCCAACAUUGAAGAAACGUGUCACUCUAUUUGGUCCCAAUUUUCCACAAAUAUCUUCGAUGAACCCGAUUCUCAACAUUCCUUAACACCUGCUUUGACGCGAAGUACGGAUUCAUAUUUAGAUCCCUCGUCUCCAAUAGAGAUGAUGCCAUCAAGUGAUGUCUCUAUAGUAUCGUUUUCAAGAGAUUUUAUCGGACUUUCAUCAGAGAUAAGCGGUGUAUCCGAAAGUGUCAUUACUUCUGAUGCAUUGACUGAACGCUUCACAACAAAAGAAUAUAUUUUGAGUUCAACUUUUCAAACCAAAUCCAAUUCAUAUUCAACGCUAGGAAUUGAGUCGAGUUUUACUAUUCCGGAGACACAGACUCUGAGCCCUAUAGAGACGAUACCUAUUUAUCCGAUGGAGUACACGACAGUAUCGCUCAUCACAACACCCACUAUAACCACAACAACAGUGACGUUAUGUCCGGAACCGCUCGGACACCAAAAUCUAAGACAACCGCCGGACAAACCGUAUGAGAACUACUUGGUUCGCACGGUUCUGAAUAAUACAAAUCAUGAAUCGAUUGAUAGUAUAAAAGCCAGAAUUGAAGCAAACAUUACCCAAAUAUAUAACUAUGCUUUUGGACUACAAUACAAACAAACGGAUCGCAUGGCAGCCAACGCUUCCACUAAACUCUUAUCAAAACUCAAUUACACUAAUAUUACAGUUAAGGAUAUUAACCAUAAGAAGGGCUUAACUGAGAUUCAAGUGGUCUAUUAUGUGGAAAAGAAUGGCAUUUUACUCCCAUAUGAAGACAUUGAAAGGGCUCUGAGUUUUAUUCCAGACAAGAAAUACAGCGAAAUGAUUGCCUAUAAUGUGGUGAAAGCGGCAAAACUAGAGUUAAAUUUAAUAGCAUUGAUAUUAAUUUCGUGUUCGGCUAUAAUAAUCAUAAUGUGUGUAAUAAUGGGUGGAUUCCUGUUCUGUAAAUAUCGGUCUGAGAGACGCAAAUGGAUGGAUGCCUUCAAUUCACAACUCAAUCGCGUUUCGCCCGACAAUCAAAUUCACUGGAGAACUGUUUCCCAACCAAUGGAUCCCAAAUCGACAGCAAGUGAUACUCAAAUCAAAGACAAAAAUACGGAUAAAAGCAAUGAAUUUCAAUACUUGCGCUUUGAAUCCAAUACAAGCAAAGCGAGUCUCAUAUCAAAAGGUACGCAAAGCGAGAGUAGUCUUCAAAUGGAAAAACAAAAAGUGAUUCCCAUUCCUAUCGGAAAACUGAUCGAUCGGAGCACUGAUAGCACUGAUGCCACUGACAGGAAGGCCAGCAAUGAAUAUACGGCAACUACUUAUGUGACGACCAGAGAAAUAGAGACCGAUUCCAGUGAAGAGAAUAGGAUUCCACAUAUAAUUACAGUCCAAAUGAGUUCACAAACCGAAUCCAUUAUACGAGCGAUUCGUUCAGAACUGAAUAAAUUUGGUCACAAUUCGUCCGAUAAUGCCUUUCCAUAUAUAGACGACUCUCACGACACAUACACUGAGGAAUCAAUUAUUUCUAAUUCAAGCGAAGCCUAA